AUGGCUGGGGCAGUCCGCCAGCAUGCGGCCGGCUGGUCGCUGCUGGAGGAUGAUCACGGCGUGCUCGACGAUCUGCUGAGCAGCGAGACCGAGGCCGUGGUGAGUCGGUUUGCAGGCGGAGGCGAUGGGCUGGUUGCGGCAAGGGGAUAUGAUGCGGUCAAGGACGGGCUGCGGUACAUCGGCGUCCGGGCAGCGCUCGAUGAGGCUGUGGUGGCGCUCAAGGUCCCGUAUGAUCGGACCGACGCCGAGCACGAGGACAAGCUAUUUGCGCUGUGGGAUGCACUUCGUCCGGGACUGGAUCGGCCAGAGCGGAUCUCACCCAAGUGGGGCAUGCUCGGCUUCCAGGGCCGCGAUCCGGCAACUGACUUUCGCGGCAUGGGCCUGCUCGCGCUCGAGCAGCUGCUCUUUGUGGCGCAGUCGAGCGGGACCGGGUACCUUGCGGUUCUCGCCUGCGCCGAGGCGUGCGACGAGGAGCCGUUUUACCCAUUCGCCACCGCCGGCAUCAACUUUACGGCCUUUGCGCUGGCAGCGCUUCGGCGUGGCGACCUCGACGGCGCGUUAAUGGCAGCGGCGGCGGCCGUCGGCGCGCAUCAGUGGACACUCGAUGCGGCGAUGGAGGUCUUCCACGCGUUCUAUGCCCGGGCGCUCCUCGCCCUCCACGCCCAGUGGCGAGCCGAAAUGCCCGAGGACAUUAUGGCCUUUCCGGGAGUCUCUGAGCGAGUCCAGGCCGCCAUGGUUGCCAGGGUGCGGCGCGGCGAUCUGAACGAGCUGCUGAGUCCUGGCUUGUAA